AUGUUUGUUUUAUUAAUUUGGGUUUUUAUAAAUCGCAUAUUAUUAUCAUCUUGUGCAGAAAAUAUUGUGUUAAUCGUAGCUGACGAUUUGGAUAUAUUUCUUGACGGCAUGACACCGAUGAAAAAGACAUUGGAUUUAAUUGGAAGCAAAGGUGUAACAUUUUCAAAUUGUUUUGUUGCUUCGCCUAUUUGUUGUCCAAAUAGAGCAUCAAUUUUAACUGGAAGAUAUCAACAUAAUCAUUUAGUGGUGAAUAACUCAGUUAGUGGAGGAUGUAAUAGUAUUCAAUGGGAAAAAAUACAAGAACCAAAUACAUUUGCUGCAUAUUUGAAGAGGGAAAUGCUUUAUAAAACAUUUUAUGCUGGAAAAUAUUUAAAUCAAUAUGGCUCCAAAAUAGUUGACAGACAUACACGUGUUCCAAUAGGAUGGGAUUGGUGGAUUGGACUCAUUGGAAAUUCCAAAUAUUAUAAUUAUUCUUUGUCUAUAAAUGGAACUGUAAAAAAAUAUGGUAAUAGUUCAACUGAUUAUCUUACAGAUGUAAUAAAUAAUAUGGCAAUAGAUUUUAUUAAGGCCCAAAAUUCAAAUAAUCAACCAUUUCUUAUGGUUUUGGCACCACCUGGCCCUCAUGCACCUUUUAUACCAGCAGCGAGGCAUAUAGAUACAUUUAAAAAUGUUACAGCUAAAAGAACACCUAAUUUCAAUGCACAGAUGGAAAUGAAUAAGCAUUGGUUAGUACAAAGAGGACCAUUUCCACUUCCUGACAAUUUGUUACCUAAAUUAGAUGAAAUCUAUAGGAGGAGGUGGGAAACAUUGCUAGCUAUAGAUGAACUUGUUGAAAAUGUAUAUCAAGCUUUAAAACUACAAAAUCUUUUAAAUAGUACUUAUAUUAUAUUUACAUCUGAUAAUGGAUAUCAUAUUGGACAGUUUAGUAUGCCAAUAGAUAAACGUCAACCAUAUGAAACAGAUAUUAGAGUCCCAUUAUUGAUACGAGGUCCUGGAAUUAUACCAUCAAAAAUUAGUGCACCUGUUAGCAGUGUUGAUUUAUUUGCAACAAUUUUAGAAAUAGCUGGUAUACAACAUUCAUCAGAUGGAACUUCUGUCUUAAGAAAGAGAUUGUCAAAAGAUAGAACUCUUUUAAUAGAGUAUAGAGGAGAAAAAUCUAAACAUUUACCAUCAUCAGGUUGUCCAGAUGACUAUGAUCCAAAUCUGACAUUAUGUAUGAAAGAUAUGGCAUGCAAAUGUCAAGAUGCUGCAAAUAAUACUUUUAGUUGCAUACGACGUAUAUCACCAGAGUUUAAUAAUAUCUUUUGUAUUUUUCAAGACAAUAAGCAUUACAUUGAAGCAUACAAUAUAACUACAGAUAAAUAUCAAAUGGAAAAUAUUGGAUAUAGCAUGAAGCGUCAUCAUAGAUAUAAAUUGAAAAAAAGUCUUAAAAAAAUGAGUAUUUGUAGAAAUGAAGAAUGUAUUGUUACAAAUAUGGAAAAUGUAUAUAACUAA